GGCCGCCAGGGCUGGGGAGCGAGCUUGGCUGUGACGCGGGGCCCUCACGUGACCCGGGGCUGCAGAAAGACGCAGCCUUGGGUGCAGUCGUCACUCGCGUCUGGACACCAGCUCCGUGCUUCCCUGCGCACGGCGGGCUGGCAUCGGGCCCUGGGCGAGCGGAGCAGGUCUGCUAGCCGAGAGUCGCAGCGGAGCAUCUGGCAGCGACAAUUGAGAGGAGGUCUACGCGGCAAGGGAUAGGCCCAGGAGAAAUGGAAUCCAAAGAGGAACAAGGAGGAAAAAAUCUCAACAUGGAAAAUGACCAUCAGGGCAAGGAGGAAAAGGAAGAAAAGCCGCAGGGUGCUAAGAAAAGGGUGCAGCCUGUGGUCCUGCCUCUUGAAGCUGAAUACUCUGCGCCUCGAGGAAAUCGCAGGCGCUUCCGCAUUAGGCAGCCCAUUGUGCACUAUAGAUGGGACCUGAUGCACAGGGUCGGAGAUCCCCAGGCAAGGAUGAGAGAGGAGAACAGGGAAAGGUUUGGGGAGGAUGUGAGACAGCUCAUGGAGAAGUUGAGGGAAAGGCAGCUGAGCCACACUCAGCGCGCAGUUAGCACUGACCCCCCUCACCAUGACCAUCAUGAUGAGUUUUGCCUUAUGCCCUGAAUCCUGGUUUUCUCUGAAGAUAAUACGGGGACCCCCUGCUUCAAAAACUUAAUGUUUGUGAUGUACGGUUGUAAAAUUUUUGAUGUUACUUGUUCCUCAUGGGUCUCCGCGUACUGCCAGCUUCUAAUUGAAACAUGUGUUUUUGAUUCAGUCUUAAUUUUUUUGUUGUUAGCAGAAUUUAUCUAAUGCAUGGAAAGAAUCUCAGUAUAUAUUGUGGAGCUAAUAAAGCAGAUUUAAA